AUGGACGCGGAGAGCAGCGAAACGGUCCACUACCUCGCGCUCACUGGAAUAUGUCUGUCCGUAUACUCGCCGGAAUCUUUGUACUUGGGCAUCAUCGGAAUCUUCCUCAACUUCACUUCCUACCACCUCGACAACUCGCAAAGUGCCCGUCUUCUCACGUUGUUUCGCGAUAUUGGAGUGAGUUUUUUUGUUAUCUAACUAGAGAAGUCUGAAAAAAAUCAGUUUGACGUUGUCAGUACUACCCCGAUUCUUUGCAGAUAUGUCUUACUUAACGCACUUCCCUAGUAAGCAAUGUUUUUUUAUUUACUUUUUUCAGCGCCUAAUCUUCGUGCCAGCAUUGCUCAACGUGUACCGUAAGACGGAGUACGAAAACGUCGACAAGCAUUUUGCGUACACAGUUUUGCACCUCAUCAUUUGUACCAUUUAUUCUUAUGGUUAGAGAUUUUUGGUUCUUUUUUAGAUUUCCUUAAAUUAAAAUGUUCAGCAGCCUACAUCCUCAACUCUGCGCUCAAGGCGAAAAUCGAGGCGUUGGAGCAGAGACAAAGAAUGAGAAUCGAACAAAUUCGAAAUGAGUACGUUUCUUACAACACUAUUCAAGACUAUGUUCUAGUAAGGUUUUCUAGGCAAAUUUACAGUACAAGCAGAUUUCUAGAAAUAUUAAGAAAUUCUUAUGGACAUACUUAGGAAAGAUCUAAAAAUAUCCAGUGUUACAUUAGACUAUGCUAACUGAAGUAGAAAUGAUAUACGCUAACUUUUCCUGUUCGUAUCCCUAACUGUGUAAAUAAAUAAACAGAGCAGAAAGAGAUUGUAACAAAACAUUUAUGUUUUGUUUCUGUGUUCUGUCCUGACACCCUCUCGCAUCCUCUAUCAUUUUACAGUUUCGUAAUGGCGGAUCAGCGCUCCGAACUCGCCGGCGCCCUCAAUUUUCUCGCCGUUCUCGGCUGCUGCCUAUCCGCUCCGGUGCCCUUCCACCGAGUUUUCCAAAUCAUUUCAAUGUGUGUCAUGCUCGUUGCCUUUCUGAUCCGUAACACCCGAAACAUGCACCUCUUCAAAAUGCUCUACUACGCUCCGGUAAGGAAAAUCUAAGCUCUAUUUUUUCAAAGAAAUUUUGUUACAUUUCAGUACACUGUCUACUUGCCUAUUAUGGUCGGCAUUUGGAUGACGAUGCUCGAAGAUGAGGAGACUGGCUUCCCGAUGAAUUUCGCGCAAUUCUGUGUCACAAUCUAUUACUGCUAUGGUAUGAAUUGGACGAGGAAGAUUUUUUUUUAAAUUAAACUUAUAUUUUUCAGUGUGCUCCAUCUACAAAAUGUCUCUGUCGCAUGCGAUUCGGAUGUUGCGGCAGAGAGCCCGAUACGCAUAG